AUGGGCUUGCAUCUGGUUCAGGCAAAAUCAUCUGGGCUAAUUAGAACUGCUGAAACCAACCUGCCUGACCUUUCCCGAAAUGAACUGGGAAGCCCUUCGAUAUGUGCUCAGCCAGCAGAACUGGGAGGCAAAAGCAAAAUCUCUUACACAGAGGUAAAGUUAUUGGUUAUGACAAAUGGGAUUGUAGAACCAUUCAAAUCGAAGGGACCUGAGAGCCUCGAUGAGUAUGAAGAUGAUGAAGCAGGGCAGAAGGAGCGAAAGAAGGAGGAUGCUAUUACCCAACAGAAUACGAUACAGAAUGAGAGUUCCAGUGCAGAUACCUCUGGCUCAUACUUAUUACAGGACUCCUCCAGGAUGGUUUCAAGCAGGUAUAAAAGCACAGCUAAUGCACCAGAAGACGAUGGUCCAAAUAGGUAUUCCCGAACAGACAGGACAACUUACAGCAGAUACAGCAGGGAUGCAAAUUCUUCAGGCAGUUCUGUACCAAGUAGCGCUUUGGAAAAGAGGAUUGAGGAACUUGAAAGAGAACUUGUAAAGGAGAGACAGGAAAAUGCAAGAUUAAUGAAGAUGACACAGGACAAAGAGGAACUAAUUGGAAAGCUGAAGGAAGAAAUUGAUUUAUUAAACAGAGACCUAGAUGAUAUAGAAGAUGAGAAUGAACAAUUGAAGCAGGAAAAUAAAACCCUCUUAAAAGUUGUUGGACAGCUGACAAGGUAGAAGAUGCAAGCCUCAAUGAGGAAAGAUUUAAAAACUACUGAUUGAACGUUAAGGUCAAUAUAGUAAUACUUCUUGUGUUCCAGUAUGUUAUAAUAAUUGUCUUUAUAUUUAUUGUUAGGAAACCAGAUGAAUGUUUAUUUUCAUAGUACUUUCUUCUUCAUUCAAUGAAAUGGCAUCAAAUUUGGGGUAUAUUUUUAGCUUUCUUUUCACAUAAGAAUUAUUUCAGGUUUUUUGUCAUAUUUCAAAAUAUUAAGUUAAAUAUAUUUGGGUUUUGUAUCUUCAGAUUACAUCUGGAUGAAUUACAGUAAUUUAAAAUUCAUGGCACCAAAAUAAUUUUCAGUUCUUGUGGGUGUAUAUUUUUGAAAUGAAUGGAAGCAAUACAUAAGAGCUUUGUUUACACAGAUCCAAAAUAUAUAUUUUGGGAAAUAUUUCCUUUUUUGUUUAAACAGCUGUAAAGUGGAUGCCUUAUUACUGAUGUAUAACAUUUUGCAGAUUGAUUACUUGCUCUAAAACUCUUGUAUGCUGAGGUUUUUUACCAUAUCUGAAAGACUGACAAUAGUAGAGAGUAGCGGGUUUUUUUCUGUAUAACAGUAUUCUGGCAGGAGGGGGAGGUUU